UUCUUCUUCAGUUCUUCUACUAUUGCAAGACUGCAACUCAGAAUACCUUACGGCCAACAAAGAUUUCUAGCUUUCUCAACACCCAAAAUGACGGUUGUAGAGAUAAGAGUUCAUAUGGACUGUGCUGGCUGUGAGAGCAAGAUCAAGAAGGCUCUUCAAAAGAUACAAGGAGUGGAUGAAGUCGACAUAGACAUAGCCAUGCAGAAGGUGACUGUAACAGGAUGGGCAGAGCAGAAGAAGGUUCUGAAGGCGGUGAGGAAGACGGGGAGGAGGGCCGAGCUGUGGCCGUAUCCUUACAACCCGGAGUACCAUAGCUACACCCAACAGUACUACUACAACCAACACCAUUAUCACAGCUAUCCGUACACAUAUUAUGCCUCCCAAUCAUCCUCCUACAACUACAGAAAGCAUGGCUAUGAUGGCCAUGACCAUGGCUACUAUCAACCCCCUCCAUACUCCACCAUCAUUGAUGAAAGAACUGGUGCAGUGUUUAGUGACGAGAACCCUAAUGCUUGCUCUAUCAUGUGACCAUCACCCAUCCAUCCAUCCAUCCAUAUCAAGAUGCUAAUGCUAUACAUCAUAUUUAUAUAAUGACCAACCGAGGGCUGGCUCGUUGGUGUGUUGGCUGGUUUGUUCAAGCGUUGAUGCCGAGUCGAAUCAAAAGGGGUCAAAGGGAAACUAGAAAGUUAUUAUCAAAA